AUGGCAGAGAUGCUACGGAUACAUACAAACACGGACGACUACAAUGCGUUCCGCAUGGAGCGGUUUCUCAGCGAGGGGAUAGACGGGCUACGGACGCCGGAAGGUCCGGGCGCGGGCCGGCUGGCGAAGGCGAUGCGAAUGGCACGCCGGUGGUCCAACAGCAGCGCGGGCAUGCGAUCCGGCGCCAGCGCGCCCGCCUCCGCGUCCGCGCCCUACAGCAUGACCCCGUCAAUGAGCUCGGUGCUGUCACAGGUUCGCUUCAACAGCCGCAGCCGGCGCGCAUCGCCUAGGACGCGUUCCGGCGCGGCGAUGAGCAUGGGCGUAAGCCCGGGCAUGGGCUCUAGCGCGUGCGCUAGCGCAAGCUACAGCAGCAGCGGGAGCGUACGCAGCGCGCACAGCAUCUUUAGCGUGGCCAGUUCCGAUUACGCGCUGCAGGGCAGCGCGGCGAUGAUGCGCGACGACUCGCUGGAUGAGUGGCGCUGCGGCCUAUGCGCGUCGGACCAGCACCCGCUGGGUCCUGACAACGGCAACGCCGGCAUUUCCGUGGCUGUCGCCGCUGCACACGCGGGGAGCUGUCCCGGACAGCCCAACGUGCGACUCGUCAACCCGCAGGACCUAGACCUUCAAGACGAGUACCAGCUGCGCGACAUUGUCCAGCUGUACCGUCCUGUGUAUCAGCGCGACAAGCGAGGUGCCAGGGACGCGUCCGUGCCGCGUCGCACGUCCGUGGACCUGACCAUCGACACAGCCAACAACGUCGGCACCGCCCAGGUGCUGGGCCCGGACAACGCGCGCCCGGCGCGCAGCAGCGCGCGGCGCUCGUCGCUGAUCUACGACACGGACGUGGUUGAGCUGGAGAACUGGCCCCACGGCAAAACACGCGACCCCGCGGCCGGAGUUGACGCGCAUCGCGGCCUCACCCAGCGUGAGGCCCGCCCCACCAGCGAUCUUCCCAACCGCCGCACGCGGCAGCAGACGCUCAACCCCAACUUCCUCAAGCUCUACGCGCUCGAGACCAACUCCAAGGCCCGCAAUCUCAUCCCGGACCUCAACGUCGACGAGCAGGUCCUACGCAAGCUCAGCUUCAGCGACAUCUGGGACCUGCAGAUCCCGCCUACCUCGGAGACCCGUGGCGUCAGCGCCCACGACAUCAAGCUCGCCCUCAUUACCCGCAAGAAACUGUGGUCCGAGAUGAUGUGCGAGCCACGCUCCGACCUCCACGGCGACCACGCGCCCUGGAACCUCCAGUUCGUCGCCUCCACGGCCUCGAGCCCUGGGCCCGACCAGCGCGCGCCCUCACUCGUCCGUGUUAACUCGGACAUCAAGCCCUGGACCAGUCAUUCGUCCAACUACAUGCUUCGGCCCUCCGGCAAGCUCCAACUUACGCGCACUGCCGCUGGUGUACAUCCCAGGGAACUUCACUACGUUGUCAAAGGCUGGUACGACGCUCGCUUCGCCAGUUCCUUAUCUUGA